AUGGGCGCCGCGGGACGCAGGAUGCGGGGGGCGCCAGCGCGCCUGCUGCUGCCACUGCUGCCGUGGCUACUGCUCCUGGCGCCCGAGACCCGGGGCGCGCCCGGCUGCCCCGUGCCCAUCCGCAGCUGCAAAUGCUCGGGGGAGCGGCCCAAGGGGCUAAGCGGCGGCGCCCCCAACCCGGCGCGCAGGAGGGUGGUGUGCGGCGGCGGGGACCUCCCGGAGCCUCCGGAGCCCGGCCUUCUGCCUAACGGCACCGUUACCCUGCUCUUGAGCAACAACAAGAUUACUGGGCUGCGGAAUGGAUCCUUCCUGGGACUGUCCCUGCUGGAGAAGCUGGACCUGAGGAACAAUGUCAUCAGCACAGUGCAUCCCGGGGCCUUCCUGGGCCUGGGAGAGCUGAAGCGCUUAGAUCUAUCCAACAACCGGAUUGGCUGUCUCACCUCUGAGACCUUCCAGGGCCUCCCCAGGCUUCUCCGACUAAACAUAUCUGGAAACAUCUUCUCCAGUCUGCAACCUGGGGUCUUUGAUGAGCUGCCAGCCCUUAAGGUUGUGGAUCUCGGCACUGAGUACCUGACCUGCGACUGCCGCCUGCGCUGGCUGCUGUCCUGGGCCCGGAAUCGCUCCCUGCAGCUGUCGGAGCACACGCUCUGUGCCUACCCCGGUGCCCUCCACGCCCAGGCCCUGGGCGGCCUCCAGGAGGCCCAGCUGCGCUGCGAAGGGGCCCUGGAGCUGCACACGCACCACCUCAUCCCGUCCCUGCGCCAAGUGGUCUUCCAGGGUGACCGACUGCCCUUCCAGUGCUCUGCCAGCUACCUGGGCGAAGACACCCGCAUCCGCUGGUACCACAACCGGGCCCCCCUGGAGGGUGACGAGCAGGCGGGCAUCCUCCUGGCCGAGAGCCUCAUCCAUGACUGCACCUUCAUCACCAGCGAGCUGACCGUGUCUCACAUCGGUGUGUGGGCGUCAGGGGAGUGGGAGUGCUCGGUGUCCACGGCCCAGGGCAACGCCAGCAAGAAGGUGGAGAUCGUGGUGCUGGAGACCUCGGCCUCCUACUGCCCGGCUGAGCGAGUGGCCAACAACCGCGGGGACUUCAGGUGGCCUCGAACCCUGGCAGGCAUCACAGCCUACCAGUCCUGCCUACAGUACCCCUUCACCUCAGUGCCCCUGAGCGGGGGUGCCCCGGGCACCCGAGCCUCCCGCCGGUGUGACCGAGCUGGCCGCUGGGAGCCCGGGGACUACUCCCACUGUCUGUACACCAACGACAUCACCCGCGUGCUCUACACCUUUGUGCUGAUGCCCAUCAAUGCCUCCAACGCGCUGACCCUGGCCCACCAGCUGCGGGUGUACACGGCUGAGGCGGCCAGCUUCUCGGACAUGAUGGAUGUUGUCUAUGUGGCUCAGAUGAUCCAAAAAUUUUUGGGUUAUGUCGACCAGAUCAAAGAGCUGGUGGAGGUGAUGGUGGACAUGGCCAGCAACCUGAUGCUGGUAGACGAGCACCUGCUGUGGCUGGCCCAGCGUGAAGACAAGGCCUGCAGCGGCAUCGUGGGUGCCCUGGAGCGCAUCGGGGGGGCUGCCCUCAGCCCCCAUGCCCAGCACAUCUCUGUGAACUCAAGAAACGUGGCAUUGGAGGCCUACCUCAUCAAGCCACACAGCUACGUGGGGCUGACCUGCACAGCCUUCCAGAGAAGGGAGGCGGGAGUGCUGGGCAUACGGCCCGGAAGCCCCGGCCAGAACCCCUCCCCGGAGCCAGAGCCCCUGGCCGAUCAGCAGCUCCGCUUCCGCUGUACCACGGGGAGGCCCAGCAUUUCUCUGUCGUCCUUCCACAUCAAGAACAGCGUGGCCCUGGCCUCCAUCCAGCUGCCGCCCAGUCUGUUCUCGUCCCUUCCGGCUGCCCUGGCUCCCCCUGUCCCCCCAGACUGCACCCUGCAACUGCUUGUCUUCCGAAACGGCCGCCUCUUCCGCAGCCACGGCAACACCUCACGUCCCGGAGCCGCCGGGCCUGGCAAGAGGCGUGGCGUGGCCACCCCUGUCAUCUUUGCAGGAACCAGUGGCUGUGGUGUGGGGAACCUGACCGAGCCAGUGGCCGUCUCGCUACGGCAUUGGGCUGAAGGGGCCGAACCCAUGGCAGCUCGAUGGAGCCAGGACGGGCCGGGCGGCCCCGGGGCUUGGAGCCCCGAGGGCUGCCAGCUCCGCUCCAGCCAGCCCAACGUCAGCUCCCUGCACUGCCAGCACUUGGGCAAUGUGGCCGUGCUCAUGGAGCUGAGUGCCUUCCCCAGGGAGGUAGGGGGCUCAGGGGCAGGGCUGCACCCUGUCGUGUAUCCCUGCACCGCCCUGCUGCUGCUCUGCCUCUUCUCCACCAUCAUCACCUACAUCCUCAACCACAGCUCCAUCCACGUGUCCCGGAAGGGCUGGCACAUGCUGCUGAACUUGUGCUUCCACAUGGCCAUGACCUCCGCCGUCUUUGCAGGAGGCAUCACACUCACCAACUACCCGACGGUCUGCCAGGCAGUGGGUGUCACUCUGCACUACUCUUCACUGUCCACACUGCUCUGGAUGGGUGUGAAGGCCCGCGUCCUCCACAAGGAGCUUACCUGGAGAGCACCCCCUCCACAAGAAGGGGACUCUGCCCCGCCCGCUCCCCGUCCCAUGCUCCGGUUCUAUCUGAUCGCUGGAGGGAUCCCACUCAUUAUCUGUGGCAUCACAGCUGCUGUCAACAUCCACAACUACCGGGACCACAGCCCCUACUGCUGGCUGGUGUGGCGUCCAAGCCUAGGAGCCUUCUACAUCCCGGUGGCUUUGAUUCUGCUGAUCACCUGGAUCUAUUUCCUGUGUGCAGGGCUGCGCUUAAGGGGUCCUCUGGCACAGAGCCCAAAGGGGGGCACCAGCAGGGUCUCCCUGGAGCCAGGGGAGGAGCUCAGGGCUUCCACCAGGCUCAGGAGCAGCGGCCCCUUCCUGAAUGACUCAGGUUCCCUUCUGGCUACUGGGAGCGCGGGGGUGGUGACACCCGGGCCCCCGGAGGAUGGUGACGGCCUCUAUUCUCCGGGAGUCCAACUGGGGGCGCUGGUGACCACGCAUUUCCUGUACCUGGCCAUGUGGGCCUGUGGGGCUCUGGCCGUGUCCCAGCGCUGGCUGCCCCGGGUGGUGUGCAGCUGCCUGUACGGGGUGGCAGCCUCCGCCCUGGGACUCUUCGUCUUCACCCACCACUGUGCCAGGCGCAGGGACGUCAGGGCCUCCUGGCGUGCCUGCUGCCCCCACGCCUCCGCCCCCGGCGCCUCACCCCGGGCCGUGCCCGCCGCCUCAGAGGACGGUUCCCCCGUGUUCGGAGAGGGGCCUCCCUCCCUCAAGUCCUCCCCGAGCGGCAGCAGCGGCCACGCGCCGCCCCUGGGCCCCUGCAAGCUCACCAACCUGCAGCUGGCCCAGAGUCAGGUGUGUGAGGCCGGGGUGGUGGCCCGCGGGGAAGGGGAGCCAGAGCCCACGGGCUCCCGGGGGAGCCUCGCGCCCCGCCACGCCAACAACUUGCACCACGGGCGCCGAGUGCACAAGAGUCGGGUCAAGGGGCACCGCGCGGGGGAGGCCGGCGCCAAGAACCGGCUCAAGGCGCUGCGCGGGGGCGCGGCGGCCGGGGCGCCGGAGCUGCUGUCCAGCGAGAGCGGCAGCCUGCACAACAGCCCGUCCGACAGCUACCCGGGCAGCAGCCGCAACAGCCCGGGCCUCCAGCUCGAGGGCGAGCCCAUGCUCACGCCGUCGGAGGGCAGCGACACGAGUGCGGCGCCGCCCCUCGAGGCCGGCCGGCCAGGCCAGCGCCGCAGCGCCAGUCGCGACAACCUCAAGGGCGGCGGGGGCGGCGCGCUGGAGAGGGAGAGCAAGCGCCGCUCGUACCCGCUCAACGCGGCCAGUCUGAACGGCGCGCCCAAGGGGGCCAAGUACGACGACAUCACCAUGACGGGCACGGAGGCGGCCGGAGGCGCCUGCAUGAAGACGGGGCUCUGGAAGAGCGAAACCACCGUCUAGGGCGGGGGUGGGCGACGCUGUAGGACAGGCUGGCCAUGUGGCCCUGUCACCCAGGCUGCUGGGGGGGAGGGGGGG